CUCGUCUUGUAACAUGAACGAGCGGCACCUUUUUCCAUCAAAUGUUUUCUUCGUCAUGGGCAAAUCUCAGUGCAGUGAAGAUCUCGCUCACGGCUUUUCAUUGCGUUCCGGUUGUUUGAUGCGCGGGCGAUGAUGGGACGCGGUCUUUCACGCACUGACUGGUACCCGACUGGAUAAAACACCUUUUUUUAAAAGAGGAAUUUUGCUGACUUCUCCAACUUUUAUUUUCGAAUGCUUGCAGGCCCUGGUGGAGCAGUGCGAUGACUCCCAUUCCCCUGUGUCUGCUGCUGCUCUGUGCCCUGCCCCUGUGUGUUCUUGCCUGGGGGGGCCACGGUGAUGGUGUUGAUGAAGAGUAUGGCUGGUCCAUGCAGAGGGUCCCAUUAAUUCUAGACAGGCACACAGUGCAUCUACGGAGCCCCACGUUUGGUGGGAAGGUUGAGGGGGCAGGUGAGGAUGAGGAGGGGGGGUGUGGGAUAAAGUGUCAGAGUGCCCUCCCCCCUCCCGACUGGGCCACACUGGAGAGCAUGCUGGGAUACGAGACGGUGUACGAGAACGGCACGCGCACACACAGCAACGUCACGCUGCAGGGCCUGAAUGACACAACCUCACACACGCCCUUACACACCCCCUCACACACUCGCAGGAAACGUCAGGUGUAUGGCGAGGACGGGCGCUUUGUCAUCUCGGACAGCCACUUCACCACCAGCUACCCGUUCUCCACGGCGGUCCGCCUGUCCACGGGCUGCUCCGGGGUCCAAGUGUCUGAAAAACACAUACUGACGGCGGCCCACUGCGUCCACGAUGGGAAGGACUACCUGCAGGGGGUCCGCAGGCUGAAAGUGGGGGUCUUACAGGUCAAAUCUAAACAAGGUAGGAGGGGUGGGAGGAGGAGAGGGGGGAGGAGAGGAGGAGGAGAGGGGCAAGGAGAGGAAGUGGUAGGAGGAGAGGAGAAAGGGAAUGGGAUAGAUGGAGAAGAACCGAGACAGGAGGAGAGACGGAGAGGAGGGAGGAGAGGAGGAGGAGAGAGGCAAGGAGAGGAAGUGGUAGGAGGAGAGGAGAAAGGGAAUGGGAUAGAUGGAGAAGAACCGAGACAGGAGGAGAGACGGAGAGGAGGGAGGAGAGGAGGAGGAGAGGGGCAAGGAGAGGAAGUGGUAGGAGGAGAGGAGAAAGGGAAUGGGAUAGAUGGAAAAGAACCGAGACAGGAGGAGAGACGGAGAGGAGGGAGGAGAGGAGGAGGAGAGAGGCAAGGAGAGGAAGUGGUAGGAGGAGAGGAGAAAGGGAAUGGGAUAGAUGGAGAAGAACCGAGACAGGAGCAAAGACGGAGAGGAGGGAGAAGGAGGAAGGGAGAAAGGGAGAAACAGAACAGGGUUGAUGAGACUGGAGCAGAGGGAGGUGAAGGAGGGAACAUGGAGAAGGAGAGGGGACAAGGAGGGGGUAGGCAAAGAAAGAAAGGUAGCAGAAGCAGCCGUGUACAACGCAGCACCGAACCCAAAACUCAGCCCUCCUUCCACUGGACACGCGUAAAACAAACACACAUCCCCAAAGGUUGGAUACACACAGGAGAUAGAACCAACGCCAUAUCCCACAACUACGACUACGCCCUCCUGGAGCUCAAACAGCCAAUUAAACAGAAGCACAUGAAACUGGGUGUAGUGGCCGCUACAAAGCCCCUCCCCUUGGGUCGCAUCCACUUCUCAGGGUUCGACAACGAGCCAGAGGGAGGACAAAAGGACGAAGGGGGGGAAAAGGUGGUCUAUCGCUUCUGUUCAGUGACGGAGGAGUUAGGCGACCUGUUGUAUCAGCAUUGUGAUGCCCAGCAGGGGGCGUCAGGCGCUGGUGUAUACAUCCGCCUCAGACAGGAAGUGGUGGGGUCCAAUAAGGGGAAGUGGCAGCGGAAGGUUAUCGGGGUGUUCUCAGGGCACCGCCGGCUGGACGGGGACGGGGGUGAACAGAGGGACUAUAAUGUGGCGGUGAGGAUCACUCCGCCUAAAUACGCUCAGAUCUGCCACUGGAUCCAUGGGGAUCCCAGCAUGUGUAGGGAGGCCUGAGACACCAGGGAUAUGUCCGACUGAUCAGAGUAAGAAAAAAAUAAGAUAUGCAUUCAUGUAUCUCCUUUCACUGAGACCUCAAAGCGCUGAGGUGGUGGUGGACAAACUAACCAAUGGCCAGCACAGAAUGAUCAGAUGGAAUAGAACUUUGGAAUAUGGGAAGAUUUUCUUGCUUUGGUCAAUCAAACAGAUCCCUAUCCCUAUAUUUUGAGACUGAGGUCUCAAAAUUCUAUGGUGCGAUAAAAACAGGUUUCUUUGUCACAUGUGCUUUUUGUUUCCAAGAAAUACCCAUCGUGCACAUAAUAUGGGUGCUAAGAUGAGUUCCGUUGGUGAUGAUUUUUCUUGGGUAAAUCUUUGUUUUUAGUGUCUACAUGAUUCAGUUAUCUAGCCAAUGCUCUUUUUGUUAUCAGAAUACAUUUUUUCCAGGGUCUAUAUUUAGAGUGUAAAUGUGUAUUUUGUUGAGUAUUUCCCUAACAUAUAUUUUGCUUGGAAAAAAAAUUGGAUCAACAGUGAUGUAAAAAAAAAUGCAAAAAUAAAACGUCUUUAUAUUAAAACCUACCUUUUGAAUACCAAAAAAAACUUGUGAUGGACUGAACAUGUUCAAGCAAUGAAUGACAACAGUGGAGACAUAAGUGAUGAGGCCUGAAGUCUUUCCACCAGUGUUUUUGUAUUUUAUUGCAUCUCAAGGGACUCACAUGCAAGUGGGGGAGAGGAGAGGAGUGACGCCAUCCAAGAACCAAACUCUGCCUUCAACCAAAUAUAUAGCAAAUAUUGUUAUCCACAUUUUUUAUUUUAUACGUUUUCUUCCUCUUUUUAUUUCUCAAUCCUUUUUUCCCACAACAGAUUAAGAUAGUCACGUUGGAAGAAAAACAACACAUGGAACAUCCAGUGUAUAUCUGAGCGGUUUACAGCUAACGAGUUCCCAACACCUCUGGAGUGUUGCUACGGGAGACAAUACAACUCUACUGAUCACUGCUCCACAAUGACCUUAGGUCAGGGUUGUCAAAAUCAUUCCAUGAAGUGCCUAGUGUCUGCUGUUUUUUUGGUUUGUCCUUUCAAUUAAGCCCUAGACAACCACGUGUGGGGAGUUCCUUACUCAUUAGUGACCCUAAAUUCAUCAAUCAAUUACAAAGUAGGAGCGAAAACCUGCAGACACUCGGUCCUCUGUGUAAUGAGUUUGCCACCUAAGCCUUAGGUUGACAUGGGCUGUGUCCCAACAAUAUUUACAAACCUCCUUUCCUUGUCUCCUUCAUUUCAUGACCACUGGUUGGUUUUCACCAUUUGCCUUUCACCUAUCAAUUCAAUUCAGAUAAUUGGCCGUUAAGUAAAGGAGACAAGUAAAUUAGGAUUUUUUAAAAGUAUUUGGAUGCAGCCUAGAUCAACUUCACUUGACAUGGUCAAAUGCAGUAACACUCCACACCAACAGGGAGAGCCACAGUAAACACUGGGGGCUGAGUUUGCAUUCAGUGCUGCCUCCAAAUACAGAUGAGAGAUAUUUUUCGAAACUGCUUGAAUUUUUUAAAACCCUAGAAUACAUAGACAUAACUAAAAUAUAUGAUACAUUUUCUCUCAAAAUAAAGAUUAAAGAAAUAUAUGUAUAAUCUAUACUUAAAAAUAUUCUAAAAUGCAUAUGUCAAUUUGAACAUCGUCCACAAAUGUUGCAUGUAACACACAAUCAAAAAAAUAGACAAAAUAAAAACUAAACAUUUUGUCGUA